AUGAAAUCAAAAGAAUCCAAGAAAAAUGAAGAGUCUGAGGAGAUAGCUAAAUAGUCCUCAAUUUCUGAGAAUUGUAUAUACUUCUGAUAUAAUUAAGCUAGUAACUGAAUGAUAUUUCUGUACUUUCUAAUAAUAUUAUACAUAUUGCUCACGAGCAUCCUUGUUUAACAUUUGAUAAAUGACAAGAAUGAAAUCAUUCUAUAAACGUUGUAAGCAUUAAAUAGAACGCAGCCAUUGUUAUUUAGUAUUAUAUAUAUUGUUAUUUAGCACCUGACACAGCUGUAGAUUUUGAAAUGAUGAAUGAUACAAGUUGCUUAAUAUUGAGCCAGAUGAAGGCAAUGGAGAAUACGGGUUUUAUACAUAUGACUGAGAUACAAGCAUUAGCUAUUCCAACCCUUCUUGAAGGGAGAGAUUUGGUUGGUGUUGCUAAAACCGUAUCUGACAAAACCCUGGCGUUUUUAAUUCCCGCUGUUAAAUUAAUUUAUAGGUGGAAGUUUAUGCCUUAUAAUGGUACUGGUGGCAUCAUUAUAUCUACCACAAGAGAGAAUUGUCUAUGCAAACUUUUGGAGUCUCGGAAGAAUUAAUGAAAUAUCAUUAUCACAUAUAUAGUCUUCUGAUGAAUGGUGCCAGUGGAUAGACCAAAAUGCAAAAACUUGGAAAAGGGAUCAAUAUCCGUGACAACGCCAAAACGAUUAUUAAAUCAUUUACAAAACAUACUUGAUUUCUUCUAUAAAAAUUUUCAACGUUUGAUUAUUGGCGAAGCGGAUCUUAUUCUAGAUAUUGAAUACGAGGAAGAGUUGAAAUCGUCAAUAUUCUUUCCAAACGUCGGCAAACUAUUCUCUUCAGUGCGACACAUACGCAGAAGGUAGCAAUAAUAACAAAAUUAGCGCUAAAAAACCUAUAUAUGUGGAAGUCGACGACGACAAGGAAAUGGCGACUGUGGAGGGCUUACAGCAAGAUUUUUUCCGAUGCCACUCGAAAUCACAACAUUUUCAUGAACAACUUAGUGUUCAUGCUUUCAUUAACAGAGCAAACAGAAACAGACAAAAAGAAUUACGACCUUUCAUCAAUUUUGUAAUGCUUCUUCGAGAAUUUUGCUCUUCACUGACGUGGCUGCGAGAGAUCUGGAUAUACCUGAUGUUAACUGGACAGUACGAUCCACCAGAUGAUCCCAUGGAAUACAUCCGUCGUAUUGGUCGAACCGCUCGCGGAGACGAUAGCAGCGGUCAUGCAUUGCUGAUAUUACGACCAGAGGAACUUGGCUUCCUUCAUUAUCUCGAAAUAGCUCAUGUAUCCAUAAACGAAUACAAAUUCUCUUGGAAUAAAAUUGCUGCUAUACAAUUACAGCUUGAAAAGUUAAUAUCGAAGAAUUACUUCUUACACCAGUUGGUAAAGGAAGCCUUCAAGAAUAACGUUAGAGCGUAUUAUUCACAUCAUUUGAAGCUCUUUGAUAUAGAAACUCUAGAUCUGCCGAAAUUCGCCAAAUCUUUCGGAUUUACUGUACCAUCGGCAAUGGACUUAAAAGUGGAAAUUAGUAAGUCUUCACGACCACAAAAGAGGCUUGGUGGAGGCAGUUUACGGACAUUUCAAAAAUAUAAACGACCGGAGUUCGACAAAGCGGCUGAAACGCACCAAGACCUUUCGCCAGAUAGGCAAACGUGGGCAGGAUAAUCGGUAAUUCAGCAGGUAACAGGCAUCCACGCGCACCUUAUAGGUGUAGACGAUAAACAAUGGUGUUCGACGGCAUCAUUAAGCAUCAAUUUAACGAUAUUAAUACAUCUCGAUGUGAUAACUUGAGCAUCGACAGUUGACAAUCCCCAUUUGAUUGCUAGAAAAUGAUCUUACCGCACUACUGACAAUUCGUAAAUAAAAUGCAAUAUGUGAGAAGCAUAUGUUCAGAUCAUAUUAACCCACCGUAGUUCAAUGUUUUUUUACUGUUUUUCUAAUCCAAUCGAUUCACUAGUGUCAGAUUGUAUUUUUCAAAGAAUUUUUGGGCUCUAAAAUCUGAAAAAAUUCUGAUACAUUCAAGAAUACGAUUUUACAAUAAUAUGACCCGAAAUGUUUUCAUUUGUAUUUGCCUGGCUCUUCAAAGCCCCGGUUGGACCACGAAGGGUUAAAGUCAAAAUAAACUAUUGUAUGUAUUAUGUAUACAGUAAAUAGCUUUACUGAACGACCAUAAACGAAGAUCAUUUGAAUCUUCAUCGAACGGCAUCAUUUUGUA